AACUCCAUAGUUUCCUUUCCUCCCUCCAAAUUCCAAAAUGAAUUAUUUUUCCUCUCUCUUCAAUAUUUAAAUAAUUUCAAAAAAGACCCCCAACUCUUUUAACUAUAGCCUCAUAAGUCCCCCUAUUGUAGUUAUAGUGAAACUCCACCACCAAAAACAAUCACCAUGGCUGGAGACCACCCUAUUAACACCCCACUUCAGCUAGUAGAUGACGUGGCACAGAUCUCAAUUGAUGGAUUUAGUGGUAAAUUCAAGAAAGAUUGUACAGAUUUAGCAAGAAGAAUUACAGUUUUAGGCCAUUUGCUUGAAGAGAUAAAAGACUCAAAUGUCCAUUUGAGUUGUUUGAAUUCUUGUUUUUCUGAUCUGUCAGUUGCUCUUCAAGCUUCAAAACAACUACUUUUAACUGCUAAUGAUACCAAGAUCCACUCUGACGUAGCUGUGCAGAAAAUGCCUUUUCGGUUUCAAUGUGUGACGUGGAAAUUGGAGAAAGCCCUUGGUAGCUUCCCAUAUGAUCAUUUUGACAUAUCAGAAGAAGUACUAGAGCAGGUUGAAUUGGUCAGAGCACAGUUGAGACGAGCCACAGAAAGGUACGGUGGCCCUUUAAAUUCAAACUUAUUAUCUCGAGCAUUGUCACAACCACUGGACAAGGAGAUUGAUCUACUCCAUUCAGCAAAUAGUGGAAUUGGAACUUUACAUAUAGAAAAUAUUGGUAAUAUCGAUCAUGAAGUUAGGCCAAAAGUUAGACGUGUUCCUCGAGGUAGUGUUCCAGAUGGAAGUACUAGCACUAAGAUAGUACAGGAGUCGAAAAGAGUAGGAAAUUCAUCCAAAUUGCCGGAGGUUGAUGUUCCGGAGAUUUCUGGUUCGACCAGGGAAGACGACUCUCCAUUUAAGAGUCACGAGGAGAGGCAAAAGCCCAACUCUCCUGUAAUUCCUACAGAGUUUCUUUGCCCGAUAUCCCUUGACCUCAUGAGGGAUCCCGUUAUUGUGGCUGCCACGGGACAGACGUAUGAGAGGUCGUACAUACAACAAUGGAUAGACGGUGGGCACACAACAUGCCCAAAAACUCAGCAACAACUCCACAAUCUCACGCUCACCCCAAAUUACGCUCUGCGAAAUCUAAUUAUUGAUUGGUGUGCAAAGAACAAUAUCGAGCAGCCACCCGCAUUUGCAAAUCGGAAAAUAAAGAAAAGUGACGGAUCAUUUCGCUAUGUUAGUAGGGAAAUAGCAGCUAUUGAGGCAAUUGUCCGAAACCUUUCAAGCAGGUCCGUGGAUGAUUGCAGGGCUGCAGUAGCCGAGAUCCGUUCGCUUUCCAGAAGAAGCACAGAAAACAGAAUUUUGAUUUCUGAAGCAGGAGCAAUUCCAGUCUUGGUAAAAUUAUUGACAUCUGAAGACAGGCAAAUCCAAGAAAAUUCUGUCACUGCUAUUCUUAACCUUUCUAUAUUUGAUGACAACAAAGGGAUUAUUAUGCUUGCUGAUGCCAUUCCUUCUAUUGUUCAAGUCCUCAGAGCGGGGAGCACGGAAGCAAGAGAAAAUGCUGCAGCAACUAUUUUUAGUUUGUCGCUUGGAGACGAGAAUAAAAUAAUAAUAGGUGCGUCAGGGGCCAUACCAGCUCUCAUAGAUUUGCUUGUAACAGGAAAUGUCAGAGGGAAGAAAGAUGCUGCAUCAGCGUUGUUUAAUUUGUGCAUGUAUCAAGGAAACAAGGGUCGGGCUCUUCGGGCCGGGAUUAUACCGGCAUUACUGAAAAUGCUAACGGAUUCAAGCAGCUGCAUGGUUGACGAAGCUUUGACCGUUCUUUCAGUUUUAGCCAAUCACAAAGAAGCUAAAGCGGCCAUAUCAAGAGGUAACACAAUUCCUGUAUUGUUAGAUCUUCUAAGGACGGGUUUACCUCGUAGUAAAGAGAACACGGCUGCUAUUUUACUCUCUUUGUGCAAGAGAGAUUCCGAGAAUCUUGCUUGCCUUUGUAGGCUCGGUGCAGUUGUACCUCUUACAGAGCUCAUUAAGAGUGGCACGGAAAGAGCUAAGAGGAAAGCUACUUCAUUGUUGGAGUACCUCAGAAAGUCUCAGCAGCAUAGCAAUUAGGUACUACUCAUUAUUUGUUUCUUUCAUUCUUAUCUGGCCACGAACAUUACACGUUAUCUUUUAAGAGUGUGAUUUACGAAAACAAGCAUGAGAACAAGGCCAUUCUCAUUGCUUUAUAUAAAUAUAUCUAAUUUACUCAGCUUAUGAGUGUUGCAUAGAUUGGUUUCCUUGUUCUUGAUCUUUUUUCUUUUUUAAUUACUCAACGACCAGUUCAUUACAUUUGUUGCGACGAAGUUGUAUAAAUUAAUGUAUGAAGCAGGGCAUUUUGAUAUAUAUAUGGAGAAUUAAUUUGAUA